CGUUUAAAGAUUCGAUGUGAUGGAGAAUCUGAAAAAAUUUGCAAAAUUUAUUGGAAACUAAACAAGGCCUAGGAAUGGAUGGUACAGAUUUGAGAUUGUGUGGGCGUGCCCCCAUGAAAACAGAAUCUGCUGAUCGGAAAUACUUGCUACGCUACGCAAUUUUUCUUCGCUGCGCGCCUUCCUUUCUGCCUUGAACAAACUUUGAGCUCAGCCUCACAGAUCAGUCAGAUCUUAAUGAGGACUCUCUUUACUUUACUCAUUGAAAAGCGGGUUGCCUUGAUUCAGUAGUCUGAUACGAUAAUCCUACCCGUUGUGGGAGUACUAUUUACUUGGUAUAAUUCUAUUUUUAAUAGUCUUAUUAUCUGGUUGCUUGCCUUGCACUAGAAAGUGGCGGAGUUAGAAACUUUUACGACUGAGGCCAAUAUUACGAACUACCAACACCAGAUCACAUACUAAAUGGACAAAAUUAAUGCUAGUAGAUAGAUUAGCCAGAAACAUAUGUCCAAUAUAUUCAUACAAACACCUUUAAAAUACUAAAUUGUCAUAUUUUAAAAUUGAUAAAUUAUUCGCUGCUAAUUUUAGAAAAAAUUUGUGAACACCAUCAUAAAUCAAUAAAAUUAACCCAAUGCAACCAAUUACACGGUUCGAUAGUUCAUGUAGUGCACUACCAUCAUGUAAAUCUUGGAGUGCAACGUUAUAUUUGUGCAAGAAGAUAAAGAACACAAAACUAACACUUGGAUAGUUGUGGAUUAUACUAUUUAUGUUUUAUCUGCAACCCACUAUUAUGCAAUUGUUGAUUUCAUCCUUUUACCCUAUUGCGCCCGUUUUUGUUGCAUCUCAAAAAUAACAUCAAGAAGACGUGCAUGGGAACUCAUAAAUAAGAAUGAAAGUGGCAUGGAUAAUUCUUCGAUUUGAUCCAAAUCCAUAUUUGAGGAUGUGAAAAAAGAACUUUUAAUAUCCAUAUAAAUAUGAAUAAUUCAAGUUCAAUUAUGUGUGGAUGCAUUGUAGGAUAUGGUUUAUCCGUAUUUUAUGCAGAUUUAAAUAGGAUAUUCAAUAAUUUGUCUCCCAAGAAUAAAAACUAGCUGAACUUGGGAUUUUAAAAAAAGCUUGUUAGUUUGAGAAAUUUUAUUUUUGUGGUCUGUUUGUUUCAUAUUCUGAAUUGAUAACUUGCAAACUAUUAUUACUUAUUGACUUAUACCUUAUUAUUUGUGGGUGUCGAUACCCUGUUAAAUGUUAAUUGUGUCGGUAUAAUAUCCACAAAAUAGAAUCCAGUGCAAGACUUUACUAAGUUAACUCUCGACAAAUAUUACACGACUAUUUUAAUUCAUCUUUGAUCCAAUUCCGCUUCGUAUUCAUAUCAUCUCAAAAAUAUGCAUCCACGUCCGUAUCCACGAAUCCGAUAAAGAAAAUUGAAUUAGAAUAUGAGAUAGACAUUACCCGCUCGACCGCUCCAAUCCGAUCAGUUUUCUUUCGAUCAUUCGUCUAUGCCCCCGGGAUAUAAUCAAUUGGGGGAAAAUGAGGGGGGGAAUGAAAACUCUCGUUGAGUCGUUCCCCUAUGUAUCUCCCUCGCUAUUUCCCAUUCCUGCGAACCAAACAGCGGAAGAGAUUUCCAUCCCUUCCGAUUUCCCAUUCCCUCCCUCCAUAUCCCGCAUCCGUCUAUGGCGGCUGCACUGGGCGCCGUGGUCCGGCGGCUGCACACGGCGGCGGCGCAGCCCCCGCGCCUGACGAAGUUCGCGCUGCACCCGCCCAAAUCCGUGAGUCUCCGCUUCCCAGACGACCAGCGCCUCCUCCUCCUCCGCCUCCUCCGUAGAUCCUGCCUACCUCAGGUUGAAAUCGAAUUCGCUGAUGGUAGUUCAUUUCAUCUGUCAGCAGAAUUUCUCAGAGUAUACAGCCCAGCAGCUGAUAGCAAAAUCCGUUCAGUGGGUGGUGAAAAGGUUAUCUUUGGGCGACAACAUGUUGGGAUAAUGUCAGCUGAAUCAGUAGGAAACUACGGAGUCCGGAUACUCUUUGAUGACUUGCACAAGACAGGGAUCUUCACAUGGGAUUACUUGCACCACCUGGGUUCUAACAAAUUUGGUCUGAUGAGAAAUUACAUCAGAACUCUGAGAAAGCACGGUCUUAGUCGCGAUCCCCAGAGAAGGAAAUGACAUAGCAACAGUCUCUAGACGACCUUGCCUCUUGACGCAUGAGCUGCUCCAUCAGGCCUGCCUGCCAUGUAACGAAGCUGUUCAGUUGAGCAUUUGAGAUGUUAAGACACAACGCAAGGAUACCAUUAACUAGUGACCAACAGUAACCAUGAUACAAAGGAGUGAUGAAAGUACAAAAACGUUCAUAUACUGGAGUUGAUUGACUAGUUGGAAACUGGAACUGGACAAGUAUCCUGUCAGGCGCCUUCAAUCCUCAUGAUGUAUGAUGUUUUUCUUUCCUCUUUGUGAAGGAACAAUGGGUGCUUACUAUGUUUUGGUCGGGUGUACAAUAAAUAUGCAUCGUUUACUUGUUUAUUAGUAGAGGCUUACCAAAUCUUCACUCUCAGUCUCAGCCCCUGUGCUCUCCCAUUUAAACGUAACAAUUGAUGCAAAUUUGAUGAGGGCAGCUCAACAGCCUACUAUUGUUCA